UCUAGCAACCACCUGCAAACACAACUGCACUGUCUCUUGGUUUGCACUUGUGUCCAGCGUCGGUGCAGUUUAGCGUCCAGCCAAUAUGGAAGAAUUUCCCCCUAAAUUUAGCAAGGUUCUGGUGACACCUGAUCCACAGUACAUCCCGGGGUAUGCAGGUUACUGUCCCCAGCUUAAGUACAAUUUGGGGAAGACCUAUGGCCAGCUGACCGCCAAGCUGCUGACGUCUCCGGAGGUUGCGCGCUCGCGGCGCCUGGUCCUCCAUUCGGGCCGCUUCCCGUCCACGGAGACAGACACGGGUCCACGCGACGAGAUCUGGAGGACUCAAAAUGGAGAACGCAGGAACCUGGAAAGGAUGAUUCCGGGAUACACCGGCUUUGUACCAAAAAGCCAGAACUAUUUCUCACGUACGUACGCGGAGACGUGUAGAGAGGCACUGACAGAGUUCGACAGAGACCAGCAUAGGAGGGCUCGUCUGCAGUCAGCCAAGCCCCUUCUUGUCAACAAAACUUCUACCUCUGGGUACAAUAAUCUAGAAACCCCUUUAACAGCCAUCUCGAAGGAGGCAGCCCCCUACAGGGAAGACUGCUGGACACCCAAGGGGUCACCCUACUUCAUGGAUGACAGCAGCCCACACAAGUACUUCAUCUCCGGCUUCACAGGGUAUGUGCCCAAGUCCCGCUUCCUGAUUGGGUCAGGAUACCCUAUCACAACAAACAAGGCUCUCAUCCAGUUUGGGAAGGAAAUGAAGAGUGAUGUCACGUCCGUGCGUUUGCGAGGGGAGGAUCCCGGGAGCCUCCCGUCUCUGCCCACGGUGUACUCCUCCAAGCACGGCCUGCUGCCCUCCUACACCGGGCACGUUCCUGGGUACAAGUUCAGGUAUGGGCAAACCUUUGGACAGCUUACCCACAAUGCACUGGGCAUCAGGGGCUCAUAGAGAAAGACGGAGGCCUGGUGAUGGAGUCCACAGCCAUAAAAUGGAUCAAUAAAAGGAUAUACAGAGCAUGAAAGUGUUAGUCCUACUCAGGAAAUGUACAGGUCUUGUAUUUUUUGAAUGGUUCUCAAGCCAGUUAGAUGCCACUGCAUCGGGUCAAACUGUAUUCAGCAAGUGAAGGGAAAUGUGGGGUGAAAUUGAACACACAACAUGACUACAAAUGAAACCGUUCUUUAAGUUAGUCUUUAUUUGCAAAUGUUGAUUGUCACGGAG